AUGAAUAAUAGUCAAUUAGCUAUGCAGCUCCACCAUCAACAGCAACAGCAACAGCUUCACCAACAGCAGCAGCGACAGCAACAGCAACAACAGCAACAACAACAACAACAGCAACAACAGCAGCAGCAGCAACAACAACAAAGGCAGCAGCAGCAGCAGCAGCAGCAGCAGCAACAACAACAACAACAACAACAACAACAACAACAACAACAACAACAACAACAGCAGCAGCAGCAGCUUCAAUUGCAACAGGCGCAGCUUCAGCAGAAUCAGUACAGAACAAACAGCAUCAGCAUCGAAGAUGAAAAGAUCUAUCAAUUGGUCCUAGAAUUGACGAAUCCAACGAAUCGUGAACAGGCCUUGCUGGAGCUGAGCAAGAAGCGCGAGCAGUUUGAGGAACUGGCCCUUGUACUGUGGCACUCCUUCGGCGUCAUGUCUGCCCUUUUACAGGAAAUCGUGUCCGUAUAUCCAUUGUUGGCACCCACGGGACUGACGGCGCACGCGUCCAAUCGCGUGUGCAAUGCCCUGGCCCUGUUGCAGUGUGUGGCUAGCCAUCCCGACACCCGGGGACUAUUUCUCAAUGCCCACAUCCCGUUGUUCCUUUAUCCUUUCUUGAACACGACCAGCAAGACCCGACCCUUUGAAUAUCUGCGUUUGACAAGUCUCGGUGUCAUUGGCGCAUUAGUUAAGAAUGAUAACACAGAGGUGAUCACCUUCUUGCUUUCGACCGAAAUCAUCCCCCUGUGCCUGCGCAUCAUGGAGACCGGAAGCGAGCUCUCUAAAACUGUUGCUAUUUUUAUUGUGCAAAGGAUAUUGCUAGAUGACAUGGGCCUGGCUUACAUCUGCCAGACCUACGAGCGCUUCUAUGCUGUCGGGGUCGUCCUCAGCAAUAUGGUCCAUCAACUCGUGGAUACCCUAGCCGUCCGACUAUUGAAGCAUGUUAUCAAAUGCUAUCUCCGGCUCUCUGACAACCCUAGGGCUCGCGAAGCACUGCGACAGUGCUUGCCGGAACCGUUGCGGGACGCGACGUUUGCACAGGCGCUCAAAGACGAUAUCACGACAAAGCGACUUCUGGCGCAGCUGCUGAUCAACCUGGCCGAGAAUCCCAACGGCAUCGUCAACUGA